UUACUUUGGAGAGUAACACAAAAUGUGCGACUAAUAAACGUCCAAAUACCGAUUUUAAAAACUAAUUUACCUAUAAUUUGUUAGUGUUACGUAAUGUUCAUUAGCUACAGCAACAUCAUAACAUGGCUGCAACUCCGCGCCAUGGCAACGUUCACCCUGAAGACAAUCAUCUUGGACUUCAUCCUCGGUACCGUCUGUUUCUUCGGAGAUCAGCUCCUCAUGAUGCCCACAGUCCAUGAAUCUGAUUGGCUGAGAGUACUUGUGGACGAGACAACGCAUGGCCUGGUUGGCGUCUUUGCCUGGGCCGCAGUGAUCGACUUCGAGAUUUGCUGGAGUCAUCUGUUCGAGAUUAUCCUCUCGUUAUUUUUUUCCUGUGCCAUCGAUGUUGACCAUGUGCUUGCUGCUGGAACAUUUAAUUUAAAAGCUGCUUUAAGUCUCCCUCAUCGACCCAUCCUGCACUGUACGACAUUAAUCCUCUUGAUAUCAGUGGUUCUAUUUGCCGUCUCAAGGGCUUCGAACUCGAAACAUGCUAAACACCUUCCAUUGAUGUUCUUAGUGACGACAUUAUCGCAUCACUUACGGGACGGAAGUCGGCGUGGACUUUGGAUGUGUCCGUUUGGCUCUCUUAGCAUGCAGCAGUAUUCUAUGUACAUUGCCUUGAUUAUGAUUUUACCGUUGGUUGCAAAAUUUGUGGUCGUGUCGGUUGAUUUGGCAAACGGGUUUGGCGGAACGAUACGAGAAAAAAUGGAAAAGAGGCUGGAUCCUUUAGAAAGUGUCUAAAUAAGUCACACUAAUUACUGAGCAAACAGACCACAACUGACUUUCGGUUUACAUGUAAAACACCAUAAAAAUUUUAUCACAAGAAAAAACAUAAUCAUAUUCUAAUUCUAAUUUUGAGGUUACCCUCAAAGUUCAUCGCUCGUGAAUGAAGGGAAAGUCAAAAUUUUGUGAAUCAAAAAGUCCAACCACCAAAGUUCUGAUCAGUGUGCCACCAUCUUGUUUUGGUUGGGGAAGAGGAAUGAUAGAUGGUGGUGCACUGACUUGAAAAAUUCACAAAAUUCUCGAUAUAAAUUUCCUUCAUUCAAAAGUGUUGAAAUUCUGAAGUUAUCAUAUAUCACUUGAAAAGGUUUGUGGUUGUUUGUAGAUCAAAAGUGCCGUCUUUGGUUUGUAAUUAAAGGGACCAUCUGAAUAAUUUGCUGAUGAUGUCCUGCUUCUGCUGUGACUGUGAUUGGGGACUACACAUACAAACCCUCAGAAUUAGCGGCAACACACAUUCAAAAAGUGGACUUGAACAGAAUCCACUUGAACUUCAGUGUAAAUCCGCCAUUGAUGACAAACUAUUUUGGUCUGUUCACUCUGCCACCUGCAACACCUUGUCACCAUUGUCAUGUUUUGACAACACCGACUGAUUUGUCACUAUGCAAUCGUUACAUGUCCAGUCCCCUUAGAACCAAAUUCAAACAAUUCAGGUCCUCCCAAGAUUAGGCCUAUUGCUCGUGAGCCUAAUCCCUGAACAGAUUGUCGAGCAUUACAAUUGGGUAUCAGCUCUCGGGCAAUGGGCAGGUUAUAUCAAACGAUGGACAGCACGUGAUACAACCAACACUGGUCAAACUAAAUAGUUAUCAACUAUUUUCAGUUUUCAGUCAACUGUAAGUUUUUAAAAAGCAAUUUGUCAGAAAAAUGCAUUUUCAGGCGAACUGUCUAGUUUCCAAAAGCAUCGCAGCAAAAUGUUGUAGCCCUUUUUUUCUUUCGUGAGUGGACGAUCAUACAACUGAUUUGCUUAUCUGAGGAUUAUAAGACAAAAUCUUGAUCAUUCGUACUGCUCCAACAGGCAUUAUAGAGCUAUACGAAUGGUUCUAUCGUCAAGGAGCUGUAAACGUUAUGAUGACGAAUAGUAUUAGAGGCACUACGCCUCGUUUUGAGCCAGCCCCUCUAAUGUUAGAAUGUGGCCCCAUGCAGUCAAGUGGCGGGGUCACAGUUGUUAGGGAUUUAUAAAUUUGCCCUGCAUGCUUUCAAAUUUUAUCUCGAAUUCUGGGGAUUGCACUUUGAAUGCUAUGAUUUGUAAGUGAUGAAUGCUAUGAUUUGUAAGUGAUGGACAUCACCAAAAUUAAACAGCUGGCCUUGUUUCUUGGAUCGUAGGUUAGAACAUUGUCACUUGUGUCAACUGAAAUAAAUUCUUAUUCUAAAAAGAAAUAAUUCUGCACAUACAUGCCCUGGCUCUCCGAACUAUGUCAAGUAGAUCCAGCCGUCUACAUGUUUGUAUAUAAAUGUGCACUUUUUAAUCAAAAUUGUGUAAUGUGAUUUGUUCGCUCUUGGGUGGCUGUAAAAAUAUGUGGUUAUGCUUAUUUCUGCUGGUUUUGUGAUUUGCAUGUUUUAUAAAUCGCGUGUUCAAUGGUGCCACGCUUGGAUCUUGUGCCUUGAAGCUCAUGUUCAAUGGUGCCACGCUUGGAUAUUGUGCCUUGAAGCUCAUGUUCAAUGGUGCCACGCUUGGAUCUUGUGCCUUGAAGCUCAUGUUCAAUGGUGCCACGCUUGGAUCUUGUGCCUUGAAGCUCAUGUUCAAUGGUGCCACGCUUGGAUAUUGUGCCUUGAAGCUCAUGUUCAAUGGUGCCACGCUUGGAUCUUGUGCCUUGAAGCUCAUGGUCAAUGGUGCCACACUUGGAUAUUGUGCCUUGAAGCUCAUGUUCAAUGGUGCCAUGCUUGGAUCUUGUGCCUUUGAAGGCCUGGUGUGAGAUAACGUGCCAGGGCCGAAAGAAGGCAUCCUUGCUUACACCUGUAAGCGCCGCGCUAGUUAUGGGAGACUUAAAUGAUACAAUGGGUGAGGUCAAAUCUGGCAUCUGUGGUUUUCUAAGCUGAAAUCCUACCAUCGGAAGACCGUCUGUUUACCCUCAAUAAAAUCCGAAUGAUGUCGGUUGUAUCAAUGGUCAACAAGGUCAUCAUUUCCUGAUAAAGUCUUGUAGGGCCUAGGGUAGACGAGAAAUUUGAAGGACAUUUCUUGUAAUAACAGAACCUUUGGAUUAUGCAUUUAUCAAAGCCCCAGACUAAAGCUGAUGAACCUAUUGGAUCUGCUAAUUCUAGAACUGUAAAAGCGUUUGGAGGCAAUCAGGAUUUUUAAGAAGGGGAACCCUUUUUUCCAUCCAGAAAUAGUGCCGACACUAACAGUUUUGACUGUUUCUGACAGAUUUUAAAGUACAGUGUGAUGACCCUUGGCAGACACCUUUAUUAGGGUUUGACCUCAUUCACUGUAUCUGCUGGUCAUGUGUUCUAUGCAUCAAAUCAACACUAUGGCUGAAUCUCAGUAUUAUUAAUCAAGAUCCCAUGGCAACAGAACAAGUCAUCCCAAGUCAGUAUGGGCCAAUAUUUCAUUAAGUAGUGAACCAAAUUCAAUGUGAUUUUCAGCGUAUUGUCAGAAAUGUUGUUUGCUAAUCAUUGUUCAUUAUGGCAGGAAACUGAUUGUUUCAAUUUUUCAUUAUGUUAUAAGCAAUUUAAAAACCUUUAUAAAAAUUUGAAACAGUUGCAUGUUUCUUAACCACUAGAGCUAUGAACUUGAAACUUUGUACACAGGAUUAGGUCAAAUCAAAAACCCGUAGGAUACUUGAUGUAUCCUUGCUCGGAGUACCUAUCUUAAAAAGAUCAUCGAAAACAAGUCACUUAUAAGCGAGGUACUGCACUUUUUCCUUUUUAGUUUUGGCCCCCUGGUGGCCAAGUCGAGAUCAGACCAAAAUUUGGUGUGAAAUGUUACCUGACAUAGGGAGUCAUGUGUACCAAAUUUCAAGUUCAUAGCUUAAGCGGUUUAGAAACGUGCCAAUGUUACACUCAAAUGGCCGAUUUACAUCAUUUGUCAUCUGUGACCUUGAAAAUUAGGUCAAAUCAAAAACCCGUAUGAUAUGUAUCCUUGCUACACAAACCUACCAUAAAAAAAUUAAAUCAAAAACGAGUCACUUACAAGAGUGAUAUCACACUUUUAAGGUUUCCACAUUUGGCCCCCUGGUGGCCAAUUCAGUAAUCAGAUCAGACCGAAAUUCAGUGUUAGAGGUCACCUGACCUGAGGGUCAUUAACUGUUCAUAGCGUGAGUGGUUAAGAAACGUGCCACUGUUUUUGAAACAGGAUACAGACGAGGACGGCGCAGCGGUGUUGUAUAGACUCCCCUACGCUGAGCCAAAAAGGUACAAAGUGCAGUAUCUCGCUUAUUAGUGACUUGUUUUCAAUGAUACUUUUAUGAGAGGUACUCCAAGCAACGAUACAUCACAUGUCAUACCGACUUUGGUUUGACCUAUAUACUAUACUUUAGUACAUACAUUGUACAUGCAGCAUGUUUCUUAACCAGGAUGAAAUAUCUAUACGGUGAGCACAAUCGCCCUUGGCCGUUUCAUUAAAAAAAGUUCCUGUUAAGAAUUAGUUAGUUAAUUAAUUAAUUAAUAUAAGCUGGUAAUUAACUAAGUUUAACUGAAUAAGUUUAAAAACUCUAAGAUCUUUGAAGUAUCAAAAUAUUGAAUGAGCGGUGCUGGAGAUAUAACAAAAUAAGUGUUAUAAAAUGGGGCGCAUGUUAUUUGCAAUGCGUUGGCUUGCCAUUCCAAGAAUAGUUUACACCUGGUGUGCUGUAAGUUCGCUGUCUUUAAAGAGCAACAUCUGCCGGUAGAUAUACUAGCUCGAUUUUAAUGAUAUGAAUAUCAGAAUGAUAUGAAUUUGGGGUUUUAUCAUUCUAGCAAAUUUGUUUUUUAAGUUCAAUUAAAAAGUUUUUUGUUUAUUAAAAUGGCUGAUUCCUUAAUACACUUUGCAAUAGCAUUCCUGCCAUAAUUUGUUCUCAGAAAACAAAUUCCCAGAAAAAUGCUAAAAACUUUGUUGAAUUUGGUGCAUUAGUUCGGGAGAUAUUGUAUGAAGUACUGUAGGUGUUGAUAUUAAAUAUGACUGUACAAGUAUGCCUGGAGUGUGGUUUUAUAACAAAGCUAUGUACAUUACUAAUAUAUUAAAAGUGUUUCAUAUAAACUUGCCUUUGCAGUAUU